GGGAGCCCGGCGGCGGCGGCGGCUGGUGUGGGGCGCGCCCCGAGGAGGCUGCAGUGAGCCGGGGUGGGGGGGUGGGGGCGGCCCCAUGUACGCCUUCUACUCGCUGCUGGUCUACAUCUUCUACACGCUCUUCCGCAAGGAUGCCGGCGGCUGCCAGGACCCGCUGGAGGCGGAGGAGGCCGCCGAGGGGAGUCAGCCGCGCCCCGCCGCCCGCCGCUGCCCUCGGGGCGCCACAGCUUUUCACACGGAGCCGCCGAAGAGCAGCAAGAAGCCCCCCCACAAGGACCUCUGGACGGAGCUGACGGAGCUGGACAGCAGCUCAGAAAGCGAGGGAGGAGGCAGCACCGAGGAGGAGGAAGAUGAGGAAGGCCCAGGCUGGGGGCCAUUGUGUGAUGCCCCCACACCGCUGACAGAAUUCCGGGCCCUCAAGGAAGAGGCCGCUGCUAAGCUCUUCCUGGCCGAGAUAGGGUCAGCUGGUCAAAAGACCCCUGAGUCCCCCCUCUUCUCCGUGAUGUCCCACCUGCUCUCCUUCCUGGAGCACUACGCCCAUUUGCAGCAGCUGCAGGAGAAGGCCGGAGAAUAUCGCUCCCGCCUGCGCAAGGAAGAGGGCCGUCGGUGCAAACAGCUGCGGGGGCUGAAGAGAGCCUACCGGCAGCGGGUGAAGGACAAGCUUAGCCUGAUCGAAAGUCUGGAGGGCAUCAUCUCCGAGCAGCAGGGCCUCCUAGAGAAGACCCGUGAAGGUAUGAAGCUGCCCUCGGCCUGCCUACUGUACCCUGUGGCCCCUGUGGGCGUCCAUCAGCUGGUGGAGUCCAUCGGUGCCCUCCAAGGAGAGAGGAGCCAACUGGUAGAGGAGGUUGCCAAACUCAGACAGCAGGUGGAGGAGCGGGAGAAGGAGAAGCGCCGUCUGGCAGGUGGCUUCUGCCGUCAGAUCCAAGACCUGAAGCAUCAGAUUCAAGAGCGGGAGGAAGAACUGGAGCGCCUUCGCCUGGGCAGGGGAGUGACUGACUCCGAGAAGCGGAUCCACAACCUGACAGUGGAGAACGAGGGCCUGAAGCAGAGUCUGGAGGUCACGCAGGGGCUCUUGCAGCAGCUGGUAACGGUGUCUGCUCAGCCCCCUGCCCCGAUGGCCAAGCAGAAGGGCAUUCCCGAGGGUGCAGAAAACGCAGGGAAAUGCAAACGUUGCAUCCUGCAGAGCGUUCUUCUGCACUCCUCCGUCCCCUGGAAGCCAGAGAGGUCGUCCUUCCCUUCAGGGACUGAGGAGACACCUGCUCCCUCUUAG